UGAAUUGAAUAAAAUGCAAACAGUAACUAAAUCUGAAACGAGAAGUGAUACCUGUGAAGAUAUUAAAGAUGAUGAAAAUGUAGAAUUAUUUACUUGCGAAAAAUGUAAUAAAGAAUAUAAAAAAGUCUGGGUAUUGGGUCAACACAUGCAUCGUAAACACAAAGCGAAAGCAUUAAAAUGUAAUAAAUGUGAAUUAAAAUUUUAUCAUCCAUUACAUUUAAAAGAGCACCAGGAUUUAACGCACAAUCCACAGAACCUUACAUGUAAUACAUGUAAAAAAGUAUUGGUGAAUAUUUAUGAAUUAAAACGUCAUAAAUUUCGAACCCAUUCAUUACAUUGCAAAUACUGUGAUAAACCAUUCAAAGAUAAGUGUUCAUUAAAGAAUCAUAUUAAGGAAGAACAUUUACGCAUAGAAAAGUAUGUAACAUGUCACAUUUGUGGUAAAUCAAUAACGAAAAAAAAUAUACAUCAUCAUUUAGCAACACACGGAGAACGUGAAAAAAUUACAUGCGAUAAAUGCUCAAAAACAUUCAUUAAUGAUUUAACGUUUAAAGCUCAUAUGAAAGAAAUUCAUGGAGAACGAAUUCGUAAACAUUUAUGUAAUAUUUGUGGACAUGCUUCACGCUCAGCGGCUGAUUUACGUAAACAUAUACGAACUCAUUCAGAUGAAAGACCGUAUUCGUGCGAUCGUUGUGAUAAAACGUUUCGAUGUGCAGAUAAUGUAAAAAGGCACAUUUCAAGUGUACAUUUGAAUGAACGAAAAUAUCAGUGUACAUUUUGUCCACAAGCGUUUUGUGCAAAAAGUACAUGGGUUCAUCAUGAACGACUUCAUACUGGGGAAAAUCCACAUAAAUGUGAAGUGUGCGGUAAAGCAUUUGCACAAAAAAUUGCUUUGACUGUUCAUAUGAAAACACAUAAUAAUUCAAGAGAGAAUCGCACCCAAAAUUUAGAUGACAGUUAUGUAAUAAUGUUGGAUAACAAGUCCGCUUAAGGAUGUACGAGCACCAAGGCAAUUUUAAAUAAAGUUUA